AUGGAAAAAACUCAACGGGCUGAUGUAAAAUUGAUGACAACAAAUGCCUCAAGUAUCAACAAUUUACUCUCAGAUCAAACAACCACUUCAGCCACAUCAUCGCAGACUUGUAAAUUUUUAUAUAAACAUAAAGAAAUCAAUGCAGUCAUCAAGAAACAGAUAGCAUCAGACAUUUGGACAACAAAUAAUAAUAUACAAUACUCCUAUGGAUGGUUAGGAGUGAGACUACAUCAAAUUUUGCAUUCACUGAAGGACAAUUACUAA